GAGCGGCGGCGCGUUGUAUCGCGGUGUCGGAUAUUCUUUGUUAUUUUUUAGGCACAAGUCAAGACAUAUCUCGUAUUUAAUGAUACUGCAAGAAAAUAACCAUUAGUUUCAAUAACUUGCAUCAUGGAAAUUACUCGCAAAAAUUUUAAGGAAUCCUUGCCUAUUGUGAGUGAUUCAAUAAAGAGAGCGGACUUUCUUGUGAUAGAUGCGGAGUUUACGGGGUUGAUAAAUGGGCCGGACGUCACUAUGUUCGAUUCUCCGGCGGAGUACUACUUACGAACUAUGAUGGGUUGUAAGGAUUUCUUGUUGAUCCAGUACGGGUUGUGUGCGUUCUACUGGGACGAGGAUGCGAAGCAGUACAUGAACGACGCGUACAAUUUUUACCUGUUCCCGCGCGGGCGGCCGGGCCCGGAGAGAAUGUUUCUUUGCCAGAGCUCGAGUUUGGAUUUUCUAUCAGCCCAGGGGUUUGAUUUCAACAAGCUAAUUCGAGACGGCAUCCCGUAUAUGACGGAGCCCACAGAGACACGGCUAAGAGAAAUGCUCACGGAGAGACAGAAGUCGUACGCCAAUGACACUAAUAUCAUCCCAGUGCCAGAGGAGAAUAAACAGCAGAUUGAAGACAUUUGUAAAAAGGUCCGUGAGUUUCUCGACGAGCAGAAAUCGGACGAGAUGGAGAUAGACCGCUGCAAUGCGUUCAUCAGACGGCUACUCUUCCAGGAGCUGGGCUCGCGGUUCAAGGGCGAAGCGUAUGUGGAAACUAAAGUGCUGGAGAACAAGAACAGAGUUCUAAAAGUGACUCGAGUAACGCCAGAGAACGCGGCGCAGGAUCGAGAAGCGAUGAAGAAAGACAAGGAAUGGGAGGAGUUUGAGGAGGCGGUCGGGUUCUCUAAGGUGGCUCGGAUGAUCAGCCAGUCGGAGAAGCUGGUAGUUGGACACAACAUGUUGUUAGACGUGAUCCACACGCUCAACCACUUCUUCCAACCGCUGCCUCCUGACUACCCAAGCUUUAAAGAAUUCGCUCACUGCAUGUUCCCUAGCCUACUAGACACAAAAUACAUGUCCAGUUUGCCGCCCUUCAAGGACAAGGUGAAUUCCAGCGUGCUACAGCACUUACUCGUCACCCUAUCAGAACCGCCUUUCGGCCUGCCCACAGUCGGAUCAUCCCCAGGUCGAGGCUACACCCUCUCCAACGACAAGUCCCACGAGGCGGGCUACGACGCGUUCGUAACGGGGCUCUGCUUCCUGGCGAUGCGCGCGCACGUGGCGCGCAUGCGCGGCGAGGACGGGGCCGGGGGCGCGGGCGCGGGCGCGGCGCUGCGCCCCUUCCUCAACAAGCUGUUCCUCACCAAGACCGCCUACCAGGACUCGCCCUACAUGAACAUCGACGGCCCCGACCCUUCACCAUCCAGAGACCACGUGUUCCACCUCACUUUCCCCAUGGAGUGGCAGAGGAAUGACAUCAAUCAAUUAUUUAGUCCUUUUGGUCCCAUAGUGGUACAGUUCAUCGACGACACGUCUGCUUACGUGGCACUCUCGCGCCGCGAGCAAGCGAGAGACGUGAUGCGGACGCUAGCGAGACACAAGCGGACCACGCUCGUGCCGUACGCCAAGUUCAAACACAUGGCUUCACAAGACAGCAAGCACUGGCGUAAGGAGGACGACACAAUACCUGAGACCCCCAGACUACGGCAAGCCGCCAGCACAACAAGCGUGUCUCCCGCUCCACCAAAGUCUCCCGUCAAGGAUGUUGAGCCCAUCAAAGAACGCGCGCGCAGUAACAGCUUGACGUCACAACCGCCCAGCAGAAAGAGGACCAGCUCCGGAAUGUUCCAGGUUGAUGAAACAGAGCCACCGCCAAAGAAGCCCGAGCCCUCCCGAAAGAGGCCCGAAGUCAACGGCAAGAAGGACUCCAGUGAACCUAAGAAGGGAAAGCAAGACAAGGAUAAAGAUACCGCGAAGAAACAAGAAAAGAAAGUGAUAGAACGAUUCGAUGAAGAGGCCAAGACGCAAUGCGUGUCAGCCUUCAAAGAGAGCGAUAGUUGGGAUUAAGAAUAAAUGUUGAAAUAUCGGUA